CUUGAUAAUACUUGAAGGACGUUGUCGACGAUACUACCAAUUGUCACCCUCUGGGGUCGUUCGAUGGUCUGUAGGGAUAGUGUGACCAAUUUCAUCGCGUUGUGGCCCAUACGUGCAAGAGUUCAAUGUUGGAAGGAGUGAAACGGGUACGAUGGUACCUAAGAGCACACUUCUUGUUGCUUACAGUCAGCUCUUCCGCUUCUACAAUCUACGCAACCCGGUCUUGGCAUGCAUUUUGCCUCCUCGUACCACGUCUUUGUCAAUGUGAUUCGAAUAACCGAGUAAACAUACCAGUCAACACAAAAUGGAGACCAUUAUCUCGAGAAAGUUCUGUUGGGCAACACCAUCAUUCGUGUUACAAAUCGGUAGCGCGUUUACCUCACGAACGAGGUACGGGCAUAUUCUGUUUCCGGUCUUCUCGAAUAAUUAGUCGAUGCUACAGAUUCUGUUACCGGACCGGACCGUCAUCCAAGACGUCUACCGGGGCUAUCGUCUCACGGACUAUCUCAAUAAACAUGCCUUCUUUUUGGGUCCCUUACCCAUCCUCUUCAGCGUGGUAGUAGGCACCUCUGAUCCCGUCCAGUCGUCCUUCUUCCUGCAGGCAACAGGUCCGACUUGUCUUUAGGCUUCCAGCAAUCAGCAGUUUGAUCUCGUUUUACCUUGUCCUUUUCAACAUGCUGGUCGAUGGGCAUUUGGGAGGUCGACGAAUCAGGGGCGUUAUCCAGGACCGUUCCUUCUGCAGAGUGACGAUUCUCUUGAAUCAAUCAGACACUAUAUCGCCACCAAAGCAUACACAAAAGACUUCGUCGAAGAUACUCA